AUGACGAAAUUCGAACAGAUUCAUAAAAAGUACAACUUUUUAGACAAGUUUUCACAAAAGCCGAAUCCAACGUUAUCCAAAGAAGAAACCAUCCAAGUGGUGAUAGCCAGUCAUCCGUUGGAACGCCCUGAGAAAAGUCGUACGUUGAAGGAAGAAGCGCACAUGAACGGAAAUGGAGUCAAAUCGCAUGGCGGUCCAGUUUCGAGAGACCUGGAGUACGAUCAGCUGGUAGAUUCCGCGAAAGAAAUGCUAAGCCGAAAAGCGCCUCGUCGGCUUCCUGCUGAGGUCGUGGAUUCGCUCAUUUCUACAACAAAGAAAGGUCGAGGAAAAGAUGUUUUAAGUGACGAAGAUUCACCUUAUAAAAAAUGGGAAGUCGAAGAGUACGACUGGGAGACAGAUUACCAAACUGGUCCGGAAACGUUCCUUUUGCAACUGCGAGAUCCAAAUUUGGCCGGAAGGAUAAGGGACUACAGACUCAUUAUGUGGUUUUUCGUCGUCUAA